AGCUGAAUCGAUGAGGAUUCCAUUCCGCAGCAAAGCAAGUUCCUUCUCCUCUCCUCUGCUCUGAACCUCCACCUUAUUCCUCUCAGACGUGUCUAAUACAUUGGAUUCUCGAUCGCCAAUUAUGAUUCUCCAAUUAGCUAUACUACUUCCCCGCCGCUGCUUAUAAAGAGCGAGCACCCAGGCGACAGCUUCCUCAUGCCAAGACCCCUCCGGCGAACACCGCCUCCACAAUUCCCUCCUUCCUCCUCCCGUUUCAUCCUCGACUCUCCUCUUACCACCUCUUGAUCCUCGCCACCAUGGCUUCGGGAUCGCUCCCGCGCAGCUCGACCUCCUCGUGGACUCCGCAGCAGAACAAGCUCUUCGAGCGGGCUCUCGCGGUGUACGACAAGGACACCCCCGAUCGCUGGCUGAAUGUGGCACGAGCCGUAGGCGGGGGGAAGACCGCCGAAGAGGUCAAGAAACACUACGAGCUGCUCUUGGAGGACCUCCACCGCAUCGAGUCGGGUCGGGUGCCGUAUCCAAAUUACAAGUCCUCCGGCACCCGGCGCUGACGAGGAAGAGAGGCUGAGGUGGUCGAAGCUCCAGGAAAACCAUCCUUCUUCUCUGGAGAUCACUUAAGAUCAAUACAUUAUAU